AAGAAAUUUCUCUCUCCUCAGACUCCAACUCGCAGCUGCAGCAACUCUUCAUCUCCUUCCCCCUCCUCUUAAAACCCUCCAACAAAACCUCCAUCUUGGACUUGUAUCAACACCUCUAGCCGGCGGCGCCUGUUCCAAUCACCUCUGCUUCUCCGUCGCUGCUAUUCUCGGUGUUGACGACAGUAGUGUAAUUAUGUGGGCUCCCUCCUCUUUUCCUUUCUUAUGUGGACGGAAGUGGGGAAGGGUACGGCUGCAUUUUUUGGAGGGAUAAAAUUUGUCUGGUUGGACCCGCUUAUGGAAAUUGCUAUCUGAACAAUUCUUUACUGUAGCCCAUUCAAACUUCCAUGCCCACUAUGGAAUCUGAAAGUUCAAUAGUAUCACGUGCUGAAGAACUUAAGUCGUCGGCUAAUGAAGCAUUUAAAGCACACAAAUAUUCCCAAGCAAUUGAUUUGUAUUCUCAAGCAAUCGAGUUGAACGACCAGAAUGCUGUAUAUUGGGCUAAUCGGGCAUUUGCUCACACCAAAUUGGAAGAGUAUGGUAGUGCUAUCCAUGAUGCAACAAAGGCUGUUGAGACUGAUCCCAAGUAUUCCAAGGGCUAUUAUAGGAGAGGAGCAGCAUAUCUUGCCAUGGGAAAAUUUAAAGAGGCACUGAAGGAUUUUCAGCAGGUCAAAAGGAUAUGUCCAAAUGACCCCGAUGCUGCCAAAAAACUGAAAGAAUGCGAAAAGGCUGUGAUGAAGCUGAAAUUUGAGGAGGCUAUCGCUGUGCCAGUGGCUCAAAGGCGUUCUGUAGCUGAUUCUAUUGACUAUCGUUCCAUUGUGGCAAGAAUGACCACCAGUUCAGUGUUGGUGACUGCAGCUGCGGCAGUGGUUCUGGCUGCUGCUUUGAUGGCUGCAAAUUUAAUUUCAAUUGGAGCUGUGUUAGCAAUUAUGGCUUUGGCAGCAUCUAUCGUGGUCGUAUUUUCCCCUUUGGCACAGGUUGAACCACAAUAUUCUGGGGCUAGCAUAGAGGGAGAUACAGUUACGUUGGAGUUUGUCAAGAAAAUGUUAGAGGAUUUCAAAAACCAGAAAUGUUUGCAUAAGAGAUAUGCAUUCCAGAUAGUCUUGCAAACAAGAGAAUUGCUACGCACCUUGCCUUCGCUUGUUGAUAUAAAUGUCCCAGAUGGCAAGAAUUUUACUGUAUGUGGUGAUGUACAUGGACAGUUUUAUGAUCUUCUAAAUAUAUUCGAGCUCAAUGGGCUCCCUUCAGAAGAUAAUCCGUAUUUAUUUAAUGGUGACUUUGUGGAUAGAGGUUCCUUCUCCCUGGAGGUCAUUCUAACGCUUUUUGCAUUUAAGUGCAUGUGCCCAUCUGCUAUGUAUCUAGCCAGAGGGAAUCAUGAGAGCAGAAGCAUGAAUAAGAUAUAUGGAUUUGAGGGGGAAGUCAGGUCCAAGUUGAGUGAAACAUUUGUUGAGCUUUUUGCGGAAGUCUUCUGCUGUUUACCAUUGGCUCAUGUCAUAAAUCAGAAGGUAUUUGUAGUCCAUGGUGGUCUUUUCAGUGUAGAUGGAGUAAAGCUUUCUGACAUAAGAGCAAUUGAACGAUUUUGCGAACCUCCUGAAGAAGGAUUGAUGUGUGAAGUAUUGUGGAGUGAUCCACAACCAAACCUAGGGAGGGGCCCCAGUAAGCGUGGUGUUGGCCUUUCAUUUGGUCCAGAUAUCACAAAGAGGUUUCUGCAGGACAACAAUUUAGAUCUACUUGUGCGAUCUCAUGAAGUGAAAGAUGAAGGAUACGAAAUUGAUCAUGAUGGUAAACUAAUUACUGUGUUUUCUGCACCAAAUUAUUGUGAUCAGAUGGGGAACAAGGGUGCGUUGAUUCGUUUUGAAGCCCCAGAAUUGAAACCAAACAUUGUCACAUUCUCCGCUGUGUCUCAUCCUGAUGUCAAACCAAUGGCUUAUGCCAACAACUUCCUCAGAAUGUUUUCGUGAUUACCAUUUGGAUGACGUUCAGCUAUAUAUUAUGGUGUACAAUUUUUGAGCAACAAGGAUGUGAUCGGUUACCAAUUUUCUGGGUAUAAUAAUUCUUAUUCCUCUGACAUUUCUGGUUCAAGAUUACUCCACCUUGCAAGCUCUAACCAAGAAGAAAACACUGUUGCACAAAACACAGUGCCAUGUAAAACUGUGUGGCACCAUUUUCAUUUUUAUGAUUUAUUUACAGUUUGUAUCCUUCCAUAUUGUUUACUGAUCCUCAAACGGCUAAAGAAGAUUCAGAAUAUUUUUAUAUAGGCAAAGUUUUAUUUUCCA